CUCGGAUUAUGGCAGGCUUCAAAGCACAGGCUUUUUCACAUUGCUUAGCCAUGGCUGUGGGGAUUGCUGAAUUGGCAGCCCAUCACAGACUGAGAAGUGUCCUCCUUUGCCUGUUGUGGUCAACACCAACCCUCGCGUUCUUCGAGGAGCUUUUUGGGGGAGGUGGACAAGCAUUUCAUUUCGAGAUGGGUGGAGGCAGACGAGGUCCUGAUCCUGUAGAGUGGCCUGCAGGUGUAUCGGAUGAGGUGUCCAAGUCCAUGUCCUGGUUGAAGGGCACUGAGUGGGAGUGGAACAACGAUGGCUUUACACUCAAACUGACACGCGAUCAAGAGAUUGAAGCGCCCAUCCAGCAGUGCCAUCACGGCUGCAAGUGGACAGCCGAAAAGGGCAAACUAUACCUGUUCAUUGGCAGUGCUGGUAUAUUUGAGCUAGUUGCACCAGACCCGAAGCCAUCAAAGCUUGAAGGGCAGAGGCUUAGAGGCUAUUCAAGACGAAAUUCGCGCGAGCGAUUGAUGCUGACGUUCCACCGGAUUUUUGACCAUGAAGCUGUAGAUUUGGACAAGGAUCUUUAUGAAGUCCUCGGCAUUCCAGAAGAUUCAGAUGAAGCGACCAUCAAAAAGGUCUAUAGAAAAUUGUCCAUUCAGUAUCAUCCGGACAAAAACCCGGAUGAAGCGUCGAAGGCGAAGUUUGCGGAGAUCCGGGACGCAUACGAAAUCCUGAACGAUCCCGAUAAGAAAAUCCUAUAUGACACAGGUGGCAUGGCAGCCGUGAAGGAUUCCGAGAAGGGCAAGGUUGAAUCCACGGGUGAUUUGAAUUCAGAAAUUGAAGUGAAUCUUGAAGAUCUCUACCUUGGUCAACAGUUCCAAGCAAAGGUGAAGAGAGGAGUUGUCCGCCUAGCGCCGCGCCUGCCACGAAAGUUGCACUUCGAGGUGUGUAGAGGAUGCCGCAAGAAUCCAGCUUCUCCAAAUUGCAAGGGCUGCCGGAAAUGUAAGAAUCAAAUCAAAGUAGUUCAGGUGCAAAUGGGGCCAUUUCUCACCCAGCAACAACAAGAAGUUCCUAGCAAGGAAAAGUGCAAGGAGAUUGAUGCGCCUUUGGAUGUUCACAUUGAGAAAGGCAUGAGCAGCGGCGACACGGUCACUUUUCCCAGGAUGGCGGAGGAACGGCCAGGGAUGUUGCCUGGAAGUGUCAUUCUGAAGCUCAAGGCCAGGAAGCAUCCCAAGUUCCAGCGGAAUGGGAACGAUUUGCACACUGACUUGACAAUAAGUCUGAAGGAAUCUCUUCUUGGGUGGUCUCGCACCAUCACUCACUUGGAUGGACACAGCGUUGAAGUGAAGCAGGUGGACGUCACCAAGCACCUUCAGGUUGUGCAAAUUCGAGGUAAGGGCAUGCCGUUGCGAGACGAUCCGGCAAGUUUUGGUGACUUGCAUGUGAAGGUAAUGGUCGAGUUCCCAAAGAUGCUGACACCAGAGCAAAAGGACGCCAUUGCGCAGGUCUUCUCAGGUGUUUCAGCAAUCAGCAAUGAAGCACUAAAUUGUAUUUGCCAAAAUGCAUUGUUCCUUUGCUAGUAAUUACAAGUGCAUCGCUAGUAGUAACAAGUGCCUUACUGGUAGUAAUAAGAAGCUAGUAGAAACAAGUGCCACGCUAUUUUCCGCAGAUGGGCGGCAAGACCUGUAGCCUCCCGCGAUGGUUCUGAGACGAAGAAAGCCUUCCAGACCUUGAAAGUUGGCCAAGAGUCAAUUCCAUGCAGGUAGUGUGCUUUGCCAGCUAAUGAUUAAUGCUUUCCCAGACGCACCCUCCGAAAGGGAGGGUGUGAAAGAUUGCUGUUGUGGGUCCAGACCCAUUUCGUGCAACACAAACUUGCUUGCUUUGAUGGCAAGAAAGAGCAGUGCUGCUUUUGGUUAUACUGUUAUGAUCCUUUAUGUGUUUGUCCGACAGCCCAAGAUUGCCUGAGCUGUGUUGCCGCUCCGUGCGUAAGAAUCAGUACGUCACACAGUCAGCGCUGCCGAUGUGCAAAGGAAGGAAGAAGAUGCGGAAGCGCU